AGCUUCAACCGCACGGACUUAUUCACUUGCCCACCACAGCAACACCAACACCGGCGUACACCGACGGAAAAUCAAGGCAAAAUGGCGUCAGAGGGUCAGUUUGAGUACGAGUCGGUCCUCUGCGUCAAACCUGAAGUCAACGUGUACCGAAUCCCACCGCGAGCAUCCAACCGGGCUAUCAGGGCCGCUGAUUGGAAGCUGGACGCUCCCGAUUGGUCAGGACGCAUGCGAGUGGUGGCUCGGGGGAAAGUCGCCUAUGUAAAACUGGAGGACAAAAUGUCCGGGGAGCUUUUUGCCCAGGCACCUGUGGAUGAGUACCCCGGCAUCGCAGUGGAAACAGUGAGUGACUCGAGCCGAUACUUUGUGCUGCGCAUCCAGGAUGACAAUGGCCGCAGCGCUUUCAUCGGUAUCGGGUUCGGAGACCGAGGUGAUGCCUUUGACUUCAAUGUUGCACUGCAGGACCACUUCAAGUGGGUAAAACAAGAAAAUGAAUUCAGUAAACAAGCACAGGCUCCAGACUCCGCUCCGAAGCUCGAUCUGGGCUUCAAAGAGGGACAAACCAUUACGCUAAAUAUUGGGCAAUCCAAAAAAAAGGAUAGGACUCGUCCACAAAGUUCCGGCGGUCUAGGACUCCUUCCACCUCCCCCUGGAGGCAGGUUGGCGCCGCCCCCGUCAUCCCGAUCUAAUAAUCAUAACACGCAACCGUCAGCGGGAGGAAAUGACACAGGUUGCCUGCUGGAUCUGGACACCAGCAACUCCAACACGGUGGCACCAUCCAAUCCUUCCGUGACGGCCAGCUCAGACCUGUGGGGUGACUUCGAUUCCCCGAAGUGAGAGAAAACACCACUCGGCUCUUCUUCCCGCUUUUCUCUCUCAGUAACAUUUAUGCAGCACUUUUGGCAAAAUUGCUUUCCCCUUUCAAGGGGUCCCUACUUCUUCCUGCCAAGCAGGGUAAAACAUACCCCAACCCAUCACCAAUUUUCGUCUACUUUACUAAUCAGUUUAAGUUCUAAUCUUGUUAGUCUCAAACCUAACACUAAUACACGUGUCAAUGUUUUGUUCUUCCUUUUAACUGUGAACAUAGAAAUGUGAUUAAGGAAAUAUAACAAUGAAUGCAGUUUCUGUACAGAGAAUAUUUAUUGUCAGUGUAUAUAUCCCAGUCGUCCAAGUCAUCAGUGUUGUAGCUUAUUUUGUUUUUUUUCUGAUUAUAUGCACUCUGUCUGUUAGUCUUAAAACUGGGAUCGCUCUAUUAUUCUUGUAAAGGAGGUUUACCGCCAUAAUCUACUUGAAAGAAACUUUGUUCAACUGGUUUGGGUGCUGCUCUAUAGCUCCCUAUAGUGGACUCAAAGGGCACAACAGCAAUACUUGUAGUGUAGACAUGAUAGAGCAGCUGCUUUUUUUUUUUUUUUUUUUUUUUUAAACUAGCAGCAGUAGUAGAUCAGUUAGGCAGAAGCCAAGUUGGAUGCAAUCCGGCCUAUCUAAAAAGGUUGUGAUUUAAUGGCUGUGGAUGAAAGCUAAGCUGGGUCACGCCCUCGUCCUGCUUAGUGAAGUCACAGCUUGUCAUUCUUGGAGGCUGUCGUCAUUUGACAACCUGAAAGAGUUGUGCAGUAUCGACCGUUUUUGAUGUAAAGUGCUUUAGACUGAUAUUUGUUAAAUGCAUUGUGGGUUGGUUUGCUUUUUGCCUAUUGUGAUAUUGUCUUGUGUAAGCAGAUGGAUUUUGUUGAUUCACAAUGCCGACGGAUGUUUAUUGGCACUUGAAGAAAUUAACCCUAAAAUGUUUUAUUGUCUAAUGUGACUUAUUGUGUAUGGAAAUGAAUAUGCAAAGAUAAAUAUCAGACGGAAACAACACAAAUGCGUGUAUUUUAUUUCUUCUACAAAAGAAACCUGGGCGGAAACAAAAUCAAUGGACUACAACAACGCUUUUAAUACAGAAUGGAUCGUUAGUUAGCACCUUGCAAUGUCAAAGCAGGUAUUUGUGCGAUGAAUGGAAGCCGGUUGAGCAUUUAUUUGAUGUUCUUGAUAUCCACUUGAAGCUAUUUAUGCACUUUUGUCCUCACUAGGAGAUAUACCGUAUUUUUCGGGCUAUAAAUCGCACCUGAGUAUAAGUCGCACCAGCCAUUAAAUGCCCAACGAAAAGGGAAAAAACGUGUGUAAGUCGCAUUUUUGUGGGAAAUUUACUUGACAAAAUCCAACACAUAUAAGAGAUAUGUCAUCUUGAAAGGCAAUUUAAAAAUACAAUAGAGAACAACAUGCUGAAUAAGAGUACAGUAUGAUAAUGUUGCAUGAUGCAUGAACAAUGAAAUGCAAACAUGGCCGGUAUGUUAACCUAACAUAGAUAUUACGAGUUAUUCAGAUAAGUAUAGUAUAAAGAGCAUGCUAACAAGUUUACCAAACCAUCAGUGUCACGCCAAAACACGAAAAUAACAUGUGAAAUGAUAUAUUAAUGUGCUAAUAAGUUCACACAUAAGUCGCUCCAGAGUAUAAGUCGCACCCUCAGCCAAACUAUGAAAAUAAACUGCGACUUAUAGUCCGAAAAAUACGGUACUGUAAAAUGAAUAAAUGCUGAAAUGGAUUUUCAAAAAGAUUUUUAAACAUUUAUUCAAUAUGAUAUGUACGAGAAUGCUUGUUUUCUUCACUAGGAGAAUAUAUGUUAGUAGUAAGGCAAAAUUGACACCAUUUGUCAACUGCCUGUUACUAUUAGUGAGAUUGUUGCCAGGGUUUCAAUAACUUUAUCAUAUUACGAGAGUGUCAAGGAAGGCAAUAUGGCUCUUGAUGGGGGCACAGGGGGCUCCAAAGUUAAUUUUUUUUGGACCACCUCCUUUAGACCACCAGUGUAUCCUUGCACAUGAUAAUUGGAAUGAGCUCCUUACCCCUUCACCAAUCGCCUUUCAUCAACAUUUUGAGCAAAUAAAAACUUCCGAAAAGGAAAGUAAGUCAACUGUUAUUUGGACUGCUUUUAUGUAUAUCUUUCAUUUGACAUCUUCAGGCACUAAAAAUGUAAAAAUCAAGCAAAUUAAUAUGUGUGAUUUGACAUGACCUUUAGUUUACCAUUAACACAUUAAGUGCUGGUGAUGGCGAUCGAUGUCUAAUGCAUUGAACGUCUAUCGUAGUAAAUGGCAGUCAUUGAGUAAAGGAUAGGAGGGAGUUAAACACACAGUCUACUCAUUCUGAACCCAUACAGGUGAGAACAAAGAGUGUAGUGGUAUUACAUACUGUAGGUUUGAGUUGGGUAUUCAGGAAAUUGAAUGAAUGCUCAAACGGCUUUCCAUAGCACCUUUUUAAAGGGCCAUUAACCCUGCUUGACAUGAUCCAUGAAAUGCACAGUAUUCACAGGCAAUUAAAAGUUAGGACACAUAAACAUAGAUAUGACUCAGCACACACGUGUGUGUAAAAAAAGGGAGGAGGAGACCCCCGGUAGGUGUUGAGCGUUGGAUUUAUGGUGUUAUGGACUGUUUUGAUGACAAUCUCAGUUUGGUGCCCCCCAAACCCGUCAAGCCUUGUUUGCCCAGGUUUUCGGGUUGCCACGGCGAUUGCGACAGCGUUUCCUAUUGGAUGACCUGCUGAUGCGCCUGGGCCAGCCGGACAACUCUCGGCACAGCUCGGCUGUAGGUCAAAGUUGAAAGUUAGUGUGAAUGUAUAGAGAUGUGGUUAAAACGCCAGUUGGGUCACCUUUUAGAUGUUCGUCUUGUGGGCACACGGUUCUUGAACAAAUCUCAUUGUUGAUAACAUAUACUCGAGGGAGGCUGAAAUGUUAAUAGGACAAGAUUUUACUUAAAAUUAAUUUGAUCUUCUCUAAAGUUUAAAUGCAAGUAAUUCUGGUUGUUCAAAAUGCCAGUAAUUACCUCCACUAGUAGGUGAAACCUGCAAUUCUG